AUGGGGAUCAAAGCCGCUCUUCCCAGAUAUGAGAUCUAUUUCUACAACACGGUGUUGUGUCUGGCAAUGUUCUGGGCUGCCAGCUGGAUCUUUGAGGUGUCCAGUUGUGAGUAUAAGAUAGUACACUCUCUCUCUGUCAUACACAUAGACAGUCUAGCUUGUGCAAACAUGCAAACACGGUUGUGUGCUUUUAAAGUACAGAUAAUCCUUUGCUUAUUUUAUGAGUGUGACAUGCUUUUAUUAAAUUGUGCUGAAUCAAAAGUGCUUAAAACUACUUCAAAGUUAACUCCACGAGGAGACAAAAGUCUGCAAUGAAUCCAACUUUAGAGAGCUCUCUCUGAUUUAACUUGUGUUUUUGUUUAGUGUCAAGUAGUAACAAACUAAUGCAGUGUUUACUUUAGGCUUAAUACAAGUAAAAGCGCCUCGGGACACUUGAAAAAAAAAUACACAACCUUUUUUUUUAUUCGUGCAGUUCAUGGGGAAAUGAUCCAAUAGGACUAGAUGACACACAUUUCAAACUGUUGCACACACAGAAUUUGACAUUGCUGGUUCAGGUCUUUUCAUGGAAUUUAUGCCAAUCACUACUGCUUUUAGCCAAUACUUAUGUUACACCUGCAAAUUAUACACAUAUUAUAAGAAUAAAAAGCGUGGCCAAGAUGUUUUUUUAUUAGAUAAAGCUCCUGCAAGCUCCUAUCCUGUCCUGUCUGUCAGAUUAAUCACAGCACUAAUUUCUGGUUUUAUGAUCCCCAAUCUGACAUCAUGACCAUCAGAGUCUCAGCUAAUCUGAUAUCAGCAUUACUCCUACAGGAUAAGAUCAACAUGGACAAGAAAGAGGUUUUUCCACAGGCAGAGCCAAAAUCAAUCAAAUCAAGAGUUUUAAUGAGUUGUUAAAAAGAAAAUGAAACUACUGAAACAUUAAAGGUGUAAAACAGACCUGUAUAUAAGAAGCAGUCUGUUGAUGGGGAUAUUCUAGGAAGCGAAUGGUUCAAACCCUCUUUCUGCAUCAAAGGUUCCACUGUGUUAAGCAAUGUGCAGUUUCUCUGCAUCUGUGUAGCUACUAGUUCUGUAGUUCAUCACAACCUACAGUAGCAUUUACAGUUGUGAGGUAUGGACAGACAUCGCCUGCAAGCGAAUUCCUACUUCCCACUACUGUCUUUAAAAAGGGGUGCUGAUAGACUGGUCUACCCUGCUAUGUAUACAACAUAUUUUGCAUAUUGAAGGACCUCUCUCUGCAUCUUACUUACCACACCAGUAUAGAUUCAGCUCACUUUUUAAAUGAACAAAAACCUAUUAGAAGUGUGUUUUGGAAAACAAUCAUCAUGGGAUUUUAUUUGCAUGCCAGACAUGUGUGUUUUUCCUGCUAUCAAAGGCCAAAAUUUUUCAGAUUUUGUAAAAGUGUUGUUCAGGGUCUGUUUGUAGAGUUUUAUACUGUUUUUAUAACUGUAACUUUUUUUUAUCUAAGGUCCUUUACAAUCAUUUUACUUAAGUGUUUUUAGAGUGAGAAUUGUGUCCACAUGCAGACAUCACAUUGUUCAGUACCCAUGAAGGGGCAGUGUCACUGUGUGAGGGUGAGGACUUACAGCUAUGUGGACCUCGUGGAGCAGAUCAGGUGUCAGUAUUAAUAUCACAGAGCAGAGGAAGAAAAUAGGUCCUGUGUUGGCUCUGCUCUCUGAGUUGUAACAAAAGUUUCACAUCUGCACUCAAGGACAAGACAAGUUUGAAAAGAGAGCAUAAAGUAUCAUAGGAGUGUCAGAAAAUGAAAAUGGAUGUAGGAAAUGAGAUACACUUGUGUUCCAAGUUGUUUUCUUGUUGUGUUGCAGUUUUUUUGAACAUUUUUUUGCACUUCUCUGUUUUUCAGCCAGUGCAAACAGAAAGACGUUCAAAGGCAGUGUGAGGCCAGGAUGGUACUACUUUGGGAGGAAAAUGGUGAAAGGACAUUCUCGUGUUUUCCUGAAAUUUGCUCCCUUCUAUUAGCAAAACUUUACUUCAUUAGUUUUUUCUCUGUGUGUGUUUUUUUUCUGCAGGAUACAGCGGAUUUUGAGUGGACGAUGUGGUUCUCCACCUUCAGAGAGCACAUCCUGUUUGCUCUCUCCGGUCAUGUGCUGUUUGCUAAGCUCUGCACCAUGUUGGCUCCACAGGUGAUUCUCCAAUUGAUUAAUUUAGUAACUGAUUAAGAUGAAACAGGAGCAUAGUUAGGGAUGUGAAGGACUUAGGUUUUCAUAAUCUAAGAUGAAUCAACGUGGCUGAAGAUCAGUCAGAUUAAUCUAGCUGUGGCAUUUGAGAUCCCCUUUGUCACUCAUUAUUUUUACAGCAUUGCACAGCAGCUUUUUAUAUCGUUGGCCAAACAAAAGAUGAUGAAUGGGACCAGGUGGAGAGAGAAAAACUGAGGGAGAGUUGGAUGGAGGGACAGAAAGAAUGACGGAGACAGCUAAAAUACAUGUAUGAUAAGCAAAAUCAGUCUUUUCAGUUAGUUCGGUUCACAACCUCAGGAUCACACGUCAUGUGUCAGCAGAUAUUUAUGUGAAAGUUUGCACUUUACUGUUGUAGUCUGUACCUAUGCCUUUGGUUGAAUUUAAAACAGAAUGGGGGAUUUGCUUAAAAGUUUACAGCCCCAGAAAAAAAAAAAACAGAUUACUAAUCAUCAAGGCAGGAGAGGAAAACUAAUUCAGGCAGAUAAAAUAGUUUGCAGGAUUCUCAAGAUACUGAGACUGAAAAACGAAAAGAUGAUGAUUUACAUCGAGCUGAAGAAACAGCCUUUUUUUAGAGUAACAAUCAGUGAACCGCUACAUGAAUGAAUGAAUGAAUAAAUGCUUUAUUGCGAACAUGCAAUAAAUAAACAAAACAGAAUGAAUGUAGUAAUCAAACACAUGCAUACCAUAAAUAAAAGAAAAACAAGGAUUGCUGGUAACAACCUGCAUGUGUUGCCGAGCUACAUUUUCGAAAAGGAGUAGGAAGAACAGACAUGAAGUAAUUAAGUGGGCCCAGUCAUUAGUAGUGGCCCUCUCCAAAAUCAAGCUAAAACGAGGAUAAUCCGAUCAAAAAUCAUGUUGAUUUUCAUGAAGUGAAAAAGUGAGAAUGCACUUAACUCUCUUUUUCUGUGCCCCUCAAAAAUACAUCAAACAGAUGAAAACACUUGAAUAUUCACGGAGUAUAAAGUGCGGGUAUUUAGAGAUAUUUUAUUUCUCUCUCACAGUACAGGUCACUGGUGUACAUGGUGUACGGGCUGCUGGCUGUGUGGACCAGUAUGGGCUGGACCUACGUCACCCUCAUGCUGUCUCACUGUAUCCUGCUCUACAGCAUCUCCUUAGUGAAAAUACGCUGGCUUUGCUUUGUCACAGGCCUCUGCACCCUCGCCUCCUUCAAAUGUGAACCCUUUGUGUCCUGGCAGGUGAACCACUGGCACAUUAAACAGUUACAUCCUCUAAAACUAGAGCAGAUUUGUUACUGUCUGAUUUCUAACCUCCCCUGUUUCUGCUCCACGCAGUCAGGUUUUGUGGAGGGGGACUUUGAGCUGCGUCACAUCCUCUUCUACGGAGGCUGUGGCUUCACUAUAAUGCGCUGUAUGAGCUUUGCUCUGGAGAACUGCGAGAGGAAAGAUGGGAACUACAACAUCAUUGAGCUCCUCAAGUACAACUUCUACCUCCCAUUCUUUUAUUUCGGGCCCAUCAUGACCUUUGACAAGUUCUAUGUCCAAGUAAGUCAAAAUAGACGAUUAUGCUCAGUCUUAGGCCAACUCAGAGCGUUUUAAUAGACUUUCCCAGACAGAUAUGAGCAGUGAAGUCCAAUCUGUCAGAGAGAGCACUAUCUGCUCAAGAGUCAUGGUCAGGGAUUUUGUAUAUGCUAAUGGUUUAUUACGAGGCUAACCAAAGAAUUUCCAUGAUUUAUUUGAAUAUUUUGUGGCCUGAAGAGGUGAAAUCUCCAGAUAUUAACAGGGAAAGAGAAGAUAAAGACGCAUUUGAACGUAAAUGAAUUUUGUUCACAGAGGAACAGUGUGAGCUUUGUGGUCCGGUGAAGUUUUUCCAAAGUGCAAGUAUAAAUCAAGAGGGGUCAGUUUAGAGAAAUCCUCACAAAGAUGUACUCUAUGUUUCUUGAUUCGUGAAGUCUUGGUUCUCGCUGAGCUGUAUCAGAGCACUGUGGAGGACAGAUUUUGUGACUUUGUAUCUGCUGCCCCCUGCAGGCCAAUAAGUCCGACCUGACCAGGAAAGAGCGGGAGAUGUGGAACAUCAAUAUGCAGGGCUUGAUUUACCUGGGAGCCAUCUUUGUAGUGGAUGUCCUCUUCCAUUUUAUGUACAUCCUCACCAUCCCAACAGACAUGAAGCUGCUGAAGCAUGUCUCAGACUGGGCUCUAGGUCUGUGAAAAUAAACAAACUCCCAUAAACUCUAAACACAUCCAUAUACAAGCAUGACUUUCAACUCACUGUGAGUUUGUAAGUGACAAAUGAUGUUUUGACUGUUCACAGUGGGCCUAGCUUACUUUAAUCUGGUGUAUGACUGGGUCAAAGCAGCUGUCAUGUUUGGAGUCAUCAACACUGUGUCCAGACUGGAUCAUCUGGACCCGCCAAAGCCACCAAAAUGCAUCACCAUGCUCUACGUGUUCGCUGAAACGUGAGUUUUGUUUACACAGCUGGAUCAGAUUUGACAAAAUUAUUAAAAAUAUGAAAAUUUAAUCCUGCACUUUUUCUCUGUUUUAGCCAUUUUGACAGAGGGAUCAACGAGUGGCUGUGCAAGUAAGCGUCUCAAAAGAGAUAGGUGAAUUAUCUUUCUGUUUUGGACGCAUUUGAAUGCAGAUCAUGUCAUUUUGUACAGGUACGUGUAUGAUUACCUGGGCGGGAAACACAACAAUGUGGUGGAGGAGCUGGUGGCGACACUGUGCACCUUUGGAGUCACCAUCCUGUGGCUGGGACCCUGUGAAGUGGUGUUCAUCUGGGCUUUCUUCAACUGUUUCGGCCUUAACUUUGAGCUCUGGGCCGCCAAGUUUUUCUCCAUGGAGCCUUUUGCUUCUUUUGAGGUUUUUCCUUAAGAUUUCUUUUGCAUUUCACCCUCACACAGAAAGUCUUCGUACUUAAUUUUCCUUCGUUUGUUUGUUUGUUUUCAGACGGGAAUGUCAGAAGCAAUGUCCCGCCGUAUCAGAGCUGUCUUUAAUACUUUCAACUUCUGGUGCAUCGUGCUGUACAACAUCCUGGCUUUGAACAGCUUAGAUUUCGCCAAGUUGGUUGCCAAACGGCUUCUUCUCAAAGGUGAUUCUGUCGUUGGUAUUUUGAGUUCAGUGAGUCCUUUUUUGCAAACUCUAUCUGACAAUGUUUGGGCUUUUCCAGGCUUCCCUUUCACCACCAUCAUCGUCAUGUUCGUCACUUACUGCCUGGUUCAAGUGAUCAAGGAAAGAGAGAGGAGGCAGGCCCUUAUCGAUGAUCCUGAUCCUCUCCCUCCUCCACCUCCAACCACCAGCCCUACUGAUGCUGCAGCUACAUCUGCGACCCCCUCAGCAACCGCUCAGCCAGUCGUAGACCCCAACAAGGAAAAAGCAGAGUAG